AUGACUCGGCUGCGUAGGAAAGCUCUGGUGGCACUCUUCCUCUUCACGCUCUUCAUCUUUGGAACCAUGAUGGGACUCAGGACUCUGAAGCCAAGCGAUGGUUUCUCAGACCUGGCUCCAGGGAUGGACUUCGCCGGGGAGAGAUCUGACAAGAGGAGGCUGGAUGUGAAAGAUGUGAUGGUGUCGCCGGGACAGUUCCAUAUGGGCAGUAGCGACACCAAGGUUGUCUUCACCAAAUCGGACAGAGAAUACAGUAUUUUCUACGACGUGCACAUCUUCUACUACCUGUGGUAUGGCUCUCCAAGCAUGGACAAUAAGUACAUCCACUGGGAUCACGUCCUGGUGCCACACUGGGACCCUAAGAUUGCAGCCAGUCAUGCUCAAGGAAGGCACACACCUCCAGAAGACAUUGCCUCAAGUUUUUACCCAGAGUUGGGACCCUACAGCUCCAGGGACCCAAAGGUGCUGGAGUCACACAUGACCCAGAUAGAAGCUGCAGCAGCAGGGGUUCUAGUGUUGUCCUGGUAUCCUCCCGGGGUGGCAGACGACCACGGGGAACCCACCGAGGAUCUGGUCCCUGCUGUCAUGGACGCUGCCCACAGGCACAGCAUCAAGGUGGCCUUUCACAUACAGCCAUACAAAGGGCGGACGGACCUGAGCAUGCAUGACAACAUCAAAUAUAUUAUUGACAAGUAUGGAGAACAUGGCGCCUUCUACAGAUUCCGGUCCAGCACGGGGCGAGUCCUGCCCCUGUUUUAUAUCUAUGACUCCUAUCUGACUCCACCAGAGUCCUGGGCAGAGCUCCUGACCACUCAAGGCUCCCACACCAUCAGAGGCACACCAUACGACGGGGUUUUUGUUGCCCUCAUUGUUGAAGAGCGCCACAAACAUGACAUCCUAGCUAGUGGCUUUGAUGGCAUGUAUACCUACUUUGCCUCCAACGGCUUCUCCUUUGGCUCUUCCCACCAGAACUGGAAAGUCAUCAAGGCCUUCUGCGACUCAAACAAUCUGCUGUUCAUCCCCAGUGUUGGUCCGGGAUACGUAGACACCGCUGUUCGACCGUGGAACAACCAUAACACCAGGAACCGGGUCAACGGACGUUACUAUGAGACAUCCCUGCAAGCAGCUCUGUCUGUCAGACCAGAAAUUGUCACCAUUACUUCUUUUAACCAAUGGCACGAAGGCACGCAAAUAGAGAAGGCGGUACCCAAGAAAACAGUGACCCGAUUGUACCUGGACUAUCAACCCAAUCAAGCAGAACACUACUUGGAACUUACGCGCCAGUGGGCAGAAAACUUCAAUAAGGAAAAGGACAAGUGGCUAAUGUGA